UAAAUCUAUAUUCGGUGUCUGCAACUAAAAAUGUCAUCUGGCUUGGUGACGAGUGCUAAAAACAUGUUAGAAAAUACAGACGAGGAUACAAACAAUAAAAGCAAAGCUGUAUGCAGUGGUAAAACUAAUAGUUUCAGUGAUAAAAAUAAAAAUAGAACCGUAGAUGUGAAAAAUUAUGACACUAUUAUCAAAGUUAAAAGUGCAAUUCCCAGACGAAGGCAAGAUCUGCUAAAAUGGUACGGCUGGGGCUACAAAGACUCCAUGUUUGUUUUCAACGAUACCACCACCACGUUUACUGGGAAAAGAUACUUACUCGGCGGAAAGAAUCUACCGUACGCAAAGCAAUGGAUAAAAGAACAUUUCGACGUAGACAUCUCGAAACCGCACAAAGUCCCGUCAUUACCGACAGCGUUUCCAAAAAGCAGAUUACCAGAUAGCGUCAAACAAGAAUUAGAGAAGAUCACCUUGCUAAGUACAGAUGGUAUGGAUAGGCUGAUCAGAGCGCAUGGUCAGACCUUACAUGACGUCUAUCUUUUAAGAGGGAACAGUUUUCCUAGGAUACCAGACGCUAUUGUUUGGCCCGAAAACCAUGAGCAGGUUGAAGAAAUAGUAAAAAGCGCAUCUGGACACCAAUUCGUGAUAAUCCCCUACGGCGGCGGUACUUCUGUAUCUGGAGCUGUCACGUGUCCAGCCAAUGAGAGUAGACCGAUUGUUGUUUUGGACACCAGUGAUAUGAACUCAAUACUUUGGUUGGACAAAGAGCAACUCUUGGCAAGAGUUCAGGCAGGUAUAGUCGGGCAAGACCUGGAGAGGGUAAUGCGCUCGCGAGGGUUCACAGUGGGCCAUGAACCAGACUCUUAUGAAUUCUCAACUCUAGGCGGCUGGGUCGCGACCAGGGCAAGUGGUAUGAAGAAGAACACCUAUGGGAAUAUUGAGGACCUUGUAGUACAGACUAAGGUGGUCACUCCUCGAGGAGUAAUAGAGAAGAGCUGUCGUGUUCCCCGAAUGUCCUGUGGACCUGAAUGGGAGCACAUUGUUUUAGGAUCAGAAGGCUGUUUAGGUGUUGUCACUGAGGUGACCUUGAAAAUCCGUCCAUUACCGCCGGUAGUCCGCUACGGGUCUCUGGUGUUUCCGGACUGGGACUCCGGUUUUUAUUUCGAAAGGGAAGUGGCCAGACAGCGGUUGCAGCCCUCUAGUAUACGACUUAUGGACAAUGAACAAUUCCGAUUCGGCCACGCACUUAAAAUGGAGCAAUCCUGGGGUGGUAUAUUACUGGAUGGCUUAAAGCGUUUCUACAUCACAAAGAUCAAGGGUUUCGACCCACUCAAGCUGUGCGUUGUCACGCUACUAAUGGAAGGGACCGCGGAAGCUGUGGCCGAUAGUGAGAAGAAGAUGAAUAAUAUCGCCGCGGUAUAUGGAGGUGUUCCUGGCGGGGCGAAGAAUGGAGAAAUUGGAUACACACUUACCUUCGUCAUAGCUUAUGUCCGGGACUUGGCGUUGGAGUGCGACAUCGUGGCGGAGUCUUUCGAGACGUCGGUGUCGUGGGAACGAGCGCUUACGCUGUGCCGCAACACCAAGGCGUGCGUCCGGGACGCGUGCGCCAAGCGACGGAUCACGCACUACCUCAUCUCCUGCCGACUAACACAAACAUACGACGCUGGAUGCUGCAUAUACUUCUACUUUGGGUUCAAAACUGUCGGGAUCAGCGACCCGGUGCGGGUCUACGAAGAGAUUGAAGAGGCUGCAAGAGACGAAAUAAUCGCUUGUGGAGGCUCGAUAUCCCAUCACCACGGAGUGGGUAAACUGCGGAAGAAAUGGUACGCGGAUACAGUGAGCGAACCUGGGAGGAAUUUACUGCUAGCUGCUAAAAAGGCACUCGACCCGGACAACAUCUUCGCGUUGGGCAAUAUGGCCUUCGACCAAUACACGCCAGACAAUUCUGUGAAGAGCAAAUUAUAAGUACCUAACUUGUAUAGU